AUGGCACCCAACAGGGGCAUCGCCUCGCACUUUGCGGCGUCCAAAGCCAGCAUCAGUCGCACCGCACGCUCGCUCAAGUCCAAGUCGACCAAGGAUGCCGCCAAGGCCGCUCCGCCUACCGCCGCAUCCACGGCCGCAGAGCCUCCUGCGGCAUCUGACGAGCCUGCUCCGUCUUCGCCUGCAGCGCCGUCUGUGCCAAAACCCACGACACCGAAAAAGUCGACCGCAAAAAGACACACUCGCACACGACUCAGAACGCCGGACGAGGGCGAAGUCGACCGCAUCAUGCUCGAGAAUCAAGCUCUUCUCCAGGCCAGCCCCUCGCGCGCUUCUUCGAGUGCUUCUGCCCCACCCACCGACCAUGCACCGCUGAGUCUGCUCGGUACUCCACCAACUACGCCGCGUGCAGGUUCCCGCUCGGCACGCUUUUCGCCGCUCCUCGAACCUACACAGAUGUCGCCAAUCUCGGUGCGCACCGACCCGGACACGAAAAAGAUGUUCCUCCUCCUGCCCAAAUCGCCCAAGCCGUCGAGUGCGGCAGGUGCGUCUGCAGGUCCAUCGAGCCCGUCGAAGCGCAAACUCACCACGCCGCCCAAGUCGACCUCGCCAACCAAGACGCCAAGAACGCUCGACGGCACUCCUCGCCGGCUCAUCACGGGCGAGCACGAGGUCUUCGGCACCGAAGAGGAGGACGGCCUGGUGCUCACGCCGGGUAAGGCCAAAGGAACGCGCAUUGCGCUAGGCAGCCCAAGCAAGAGCCCACUGCUCGCCAGACUGGGCGAUACGCCCAAGGACAAGGCUCUGCGCAGCAUCGUAGACGAGGACGACGAUUCGUACAUCACCCCGCGCAGCGUGAGGCAGAGGCCCAAAGGUGUCCCUCUGCCCCCACUCGCCACACAGAAAGCAGCCGCCGUCUUCCGUGGCGCAUCCAUCCCGUCAUCCAGCAGUGCAACCAGCAUCUCGCAGCGCCAGCACAAGGACCUCUUCCACACCGGUCCCUUUUCCAGCCUUGCCGCCGUGUCGUCGUCGCAGAGCGAGGUGGAAAGCGAGACCGACCGCGCCGCUGACGAGGCUGAUCUGCCCGAGCCAAAGCACGCGCUGUCGACGCAGCUGCCGCUGCCAUCGUUCUAUUCGAGUCUCAUGACGCUGCAUGUGGCGCUGGAGCACGCGCUGGUCGUCCACCUCGCCACCGCGGGCUGCGCGAGCGCCACGCUCGAAUCGUCCGUCCAGACCUCAUCGGAUAGCGACUCGGAAUCCAACGCCGCAUUCGGCGCUAGACGCAAGGCGACCAAGACGGUGCGGCUGCCCAACCUCAUCUCGUACACGGCGCUGCGUCCGCUCGUCGAGCGCUCCGGUGGCCGCCGCCUGGGCCCCACGGAGCUGCGACGCCUCGCCAAUGUCUGGCUCGACUUCCAGCGCCAGAGCAGCGACGCUGUUGACGAAGUGCGCGGGCUGGGCUUCAUCAUUGGAAAGACACGCAGCAUCGACACGCGCACCGGUCGCCGCGCGCUCGAUUGGGGCAUCGGCAUCGAGCUCGAGAUCAAGCGCGCCGUGCGCGAAAAGACGCCGCCGACACAGAUCGGAUUCGGCGGCGUGGAAGUCCAGUCGUCUCCGCUGCUGGCUUCAGCCGACAACUUUGACGACACGGUGAGGGGCACUGCCAAGAUGCCCGCGCGCUCGACCACGCCUCCCCCCGCGGGCGGCGAGCGCGUUGCUGCCAGCGCGAGGACGCAGUUGAUGUCGCCACUCUUGGGCUCGCCACGCAGGAAGGUGGGCGCAGAGUCGCCCACGCCCAGCUCGCCCAAGGUGCGCAGCUCGCUCGGCGCAGCAAAGGCGCGCGAGGGCAUGUCGGUCGUCGCCAUGUGGAACAACGGAUUGGAGACCAGAAAGGCCGAGGUGGCAAGGCGAUUACGCGAGAGAUGCGCGCGCUUCCACCAGCUCUGGCUCGACGAAAACGGCAUCAGUGUUCCUGCUCCAAAGCAGGCGCACGAACCAUCGACGCCGUCGCGCAAGCUUGCUGGUGCAGCUGGUGCAGAGAGCGAUAGCGAGGACGUACCUGGUCCGCCGCGCGAGGUGGUGAUGGGUGCUGGCGGGCUGUUGACUCCCUCUGCCACGCGGUCCGGCGGGCGAAGGGUGGGCAAACGCACCUUCCAUCUGGAUCCGUCCGAGCUCGAUUCGCACACGCUUUCGGACGACGAUGACGACGACGCCCUCGAUUCGCACACGCUUUCGGACGACGAUGACGACGACGCCGUGCUCGGACUUGAGGCUCUCCAGGGCGGCAAGCAGUCGAUGCUGGCGGAAGUGUCGCACUCGGUGGUGCGGACGAGCAAGUCGAUGCCCAACCUCGCUGCUGCCGCAGUGCCACCCGAGGGGGCGGAUCUUGUAGCGUGGCAUGUUGAGUUUCCACUCGACGAUGCGCGUGUGGUCAAGCCUGUGCCCCUGGCUGCGCUUCCCUCGCUUUCUGCGCCGCUCGCCACGCCGCACCGCAACAAAGAGAUCGGAUUGGGCAUCAGCGACCCUACGACGCCGCGGAAAGCGAUCAAAUACACUGCUGCGCCCGAACUCGCCUCGGAGGCGGCACCCUCGACGGCCGGCAUGUCGCUUCGCGAACGAAUCCAGGCCAAAGAGCAGCUGCGGCGCACAGCUUCGCUUCCCGCCCUGGCUUCGGGGUCCAUGACGCCCAUGCAGGCUCUUUCACAACGUGCACUCGUAUCGCGGCUUCCAGAACUGUGCUCGAUCCUCUUCAUGCUGUUUUCCAACGGUACCACGCUGUCGUGGACGGGCAUCACGCGCUCCCCGACGAUUCCCAUGCAGGAUCUGCUGGCCAAGCUGAGCAAAAGCACAAAGAUCACGCUUAGCCCACGCGAGUGUCGCGCCGCCAUCGACCUGCUUGCCUCCAUAGCACCAGGCUUCUUGGUCGUCCUCAACCCCUCGGACACAGCCGCGGCUGGCACCAAGGAGUACGUCCGCCUAGGCACCAAUCCCGACACCAACGCCCUCUGGAGACUGAACGAUCUGCGAGCCCGCAUCGCCUCGCAACUCAAUGCCCACAAGUAG